AUGUUUGGUUUGAUCGGACGCAUCAUCCCCACCCUUUCGGGCGCCGCCAGCUACUGGCCGGCCGGCCUGACCUCUAUCAUUCCCAACCCCCUCGGCAUGCUUGGAAGACAGCCGGCUGCCACCAACGACGAUGUCCCACGCCCAAAGCCAGAGGCGGGCAACACCACCGGCUCCGCCAACGCCGCCCCGUUCGCCAAUGCCACCCGCUACGCUAGGGAGAGCGGGCCGACCGUCGCAAGCCUUGGCAGACGGGCAACGGGCUUGGCUUCAAGGCCCAUCGUGAAUGUCAUGAACCGCAUGGGUGACGACGAGUGGAACGCCAGGACGGACGCCAAGUUACUGGCUCAAGAGGGCCCGUCAAUGGCCCGCAUGUUGAGCAAGCGAACCCCGAUCGUCACGCCGCAGCCCGUUCAAGAACCAGCUGUCAUUCGGUCCCUGCCCGUGGCUAAGCAGCCCGACACGCCGGCCCAGCCAGCGGAGGAGCAUACCGAUCUCAAGCGCUGGAAGGAAGACGAGGAAAAGAACCUUCUGAAGGAAGAGCUGAAGCGAGCGGCGGAAGAGAUAAAGCGGAUUGCUGAGAACCACAAGGCCGUCGUGAAGCGAAUCUCCGAGCUCGAGCAGCAAGAGAAGCAGCGUUCUGAGGACGUCCGCAAGGCCUACUUGGCUCGCAUCGCCGAGGUCGACCAACGGGUGGCCAAGAAGGCCGACAAGGAGCAGGUUGACCAGCAGGGCCGUGAUGUUGCGUCUCUGUGCCCGCUUAUUGGCAAGGUUAUGGAAGACGCCUUGAGCCUUCAGACACGGUUCGACGGCUUGUCCGAGAAGGUUGACCUGGUCGAGGGCUCUCAAGGCGCCAUGAAGACAGCCAUCGACGCCAACACCCGGGCCGACCUGGAGCUGCGAGGCCGUGUCCACGUUCUGGAGAACCCACUUCCCGUCGAGCAGGUCAACAUCGCUGACCUCGGAGCCGCCGCAACUACCACCCCCGCCUCCGAGCAGCCCCAAGCGAAGACUGGUGGCUGUGAUCCCAAGGAGGUGAGCGACCUGACUGCCAAGACCGAUGGCCACGACCAGCGAAUCGAGCGCCUGGAGACCGCAAUGGGUGACGUCGUCCCAAAGAUGGAGAACGCCUCCCCCUGGUUCGAUUGGGCCGGAAGCGAGCUCGAGACACACGCUCACUACUUCGAAGAACACAAAGACAUUCCGGAAAAGGUCAAGGAGAUCGAGGCCGCCCACGAGCGACAACGCCAGAUCUUGGAUGAGGCUCUGGCCAAGCAAAAGGAGUCUUUCGAGGAGCAGCUGAGGCAGCAAAAGGAGGCGUCGGACAAAGAGAAGCAGGACCUCCAGGAGGCCAUGAAGGAGCAGAUGAGGCUCAGCGAGGCAUCCAUCCGAAAGGAGUACGACGAGCGCAUUGCCUCGAAGGACAAGGAGUUUGCCGAGCGCUUUGCGAAGGCCGACGCAGCGAAGAAGGAGCAGGAUGAGCGCCACAGCCAGCUGGAGGACGUGGUCAACGGUAUGUUUGCCAUGAUGCAAGGCCAGAACCCCACCCAGCAGUUUCCCGCACCCGUCCAAGGCCAGCAACAACAGCCUCAGGCUCCUCAACCGCAACCCACUCCGGCGCCGCAAGGAAAUGGACCUUGGACAGUCACUCCGACCCCGCCUAACCAGGACCCGCAGCCCGUCCCGAGACCUGAUGUGAACAUGGGAGGAAUAGCCGAGCUGGAUGAUGAGAUGAAGGACGCGGAUCCGGAGCCUCAGCAGCAGCCAUUCUCCCAGCCCCCUCGCCAACCGUCUCAGCCCAACUUUGCGAUGCAGGAUGACACACCCAUGACCUCUGGUGAGCCAGUGAUCCCGAACAACAACGGAAACCUGGGCUUCGGAUCAAAGCCACAGCCGAUGGGAAGCAACCAGCCCUUCGCUGGCACCGGUCCUGCGCAGCCACCUUUCCAGGCGCCGACCCCUACAGCUGCUCCCGUCGCCACUGGUACCGGCUCAUCGCACUUCGGAUCCUCCGCCGGUGGUCCCAUGAUUCCCACCGGGCAACAGGGGCUCCCGAAUCCCACGGCGACUCCUGCCAAGGCACCUGCUCCGAGCAAGUUCGGCUUCGGCGGCCCUCCUCCGGCUGUCAACAAGCCGCAGAUCAACUGGUCAGCCUCGGCGGGAAGUCUCAACUUCGACCCUCCGGCUGGUAUGGACAUCGACGACGACGAUGUGAAGCCAUCGGCGCCGAAGCCUAAGCAGCCUCUGGUGAACGCUCCCCCGGCUACUCCCUGGACUGGUCAGCCUGCUGCUAACAACGCACCGUCGGCUAAUGCUGGUGGCUCUGAUACCGUCAUGACCAAUGGUCCAUCCACACCGGCUAAUCCCGCCUCCACCAAGCCUUUCGCUCCCAAGCCGGCCAAGAAGAAGGCCGACCCCAUGGUCCAGCGCAAGCCAGGCGCGACCCCGAGCAAGCCCACGGAGACCACCAACAAGACUCAAACGACCAAGACCAAGAUGGCUUCACUCGCCGAGAAGAAGCGGGCUGCUUUCGCCGCGAACUACGGCUCCACUCCGGCCCCAAAGACGAUUGUGGAGAAGACCGCCUUGCCUUCCGAGGAGCCUUCUGAGUCGAACAUCCCCGGGCUCAAUGGCGCUGUGAACACCUCUCCAUUUGCUUUGAAGCCGAAGGCUCCGGCUCCGGCUCCCAAGCCUGUUGCCCCUACGUCUCCGAUGUACAACCCUACCUCUCCGGCUUCUAACCACGCGGCUUCGGCUCCCAAGCUUACUACCUCUCCACUCGCCAACCCUGCUGCCACCUCUGACACCAUUGAGUCAGCCACAACGACUAACGUCUUCUCGAAGGAGGUCGAGAAGCCGGUCGAGCAGCCAUCGGAGGACAACGGCAACUCUGCUCCCGAGCAGGCGAAAGGUGAAGCUGGCGGCAACGCUGAUGACAUCCAGAUGUCUGGAGAUGAGACCAAGCCCGAGGCCACCGAGCCACUCAAGUACGAGACUGAUGUCAACCCUCGAAAGCACUCGGCUGACGUCCAAAUCACCCCACAUGACGCUGGCAAGAUUCACAGGCGAGAGUCUCAAGAGGACGCCAAGGCGCGCAAGCCCGAGGAUGGUGCGAAGGCUCCCCAGGGAGAGUCCCACGAUGAUUCCAUGGACGACAAACAGGAGUCUCAGGUCAAUGACGCCAUGGAAACCGACCGUCCCAUGGCGAAGCCCAAGGGCAAGGCCAGCAAGUUGACUGCGGCCCAGAUCAAGCGCCAGAAGGACGACUUCAAUGAGCAAUCCGCCUGGGAUGAAAUGGACAAGGCCUUUGAGCACAAGAAUGCCCAAGCGCUCAAGGCCGCCGAGGCCACCGCCGACGAUGAGGUGGACUACGCCGACCCGAACGACAUCAACGACGAGGAUGUCCACAUCACGACGAUGGUCCCUCCUACGCCCAGCAUGAGGCCUACCCAGUACACAGUCAACUUCUUCCACGACUGGAAAGCCCACUACCUCUCAGAUAACAACCUCACAAUUCAGGCGGCCGUGCUUGGUACCGUGAGAAGCGACGAGGUCGCCCACUUCAUCAAGAUAGUGAGGGAGCAGGACGUGGCGCGCAACCUGGACUUCCUGUUCGAGCAGGCUAAGAUCCCGAAUGGCAAGCGAGCCUACAGCAAGUCCGAGAUGGUGAGGCUGUUGAGCGCGUUCCGCGAGGAGGUGUUCAUCCAGGCCAUCAUUAUCAUGGACCUCGAUGACCUCGACCGCGGAUUCAAACAGACGCGCGGCAUGUUCAUGGUUGACAUGGCCAACUGGUUCCAACACCACAAGCCAGAUGCCGCCUAG